AUAAUACAAUGGCUAUUAAAUUAACUAUGUGAUUUACCUUUAUAACUUGUUGGAUUUCUUUAAGCACAUAUGGUUUGCGUAUAUGAACAAGUGGCGGGUUACAAAAACAACUGCCAUAGAGUGUUUAUGAGUAAGCAGGCAGCUGAGGAUGCUUACUCCAAGGACGUGCUCAAGCAGGCAUGCACUGUUGAAGUUGGCAAGUCAGAUUGACAGUUUGAGCUAAAGAACUUUAUCAUCAGCGUCCAGUUCGUCAUGAUUGCAGUAGUGUUCUACCGGCGUGAACGUGUGUAAGGUGUAGCUGGUAAGCUCACAGUGUAGGGUACAAGGUAACAACACCUUGCUGCCCGUAUGCAACCAAACAACAUGUGCAAUAGUAUGAGCCCAGCCAGUGCGAGCAAUCAAACACAGUGCAUAGAGUCAUUGCUACGAUGCAGAAAAAGGGAAUGCAUGCAACAAAUCAAUAUGCAUAUAUUUAUUUAUUUUGCCAGCAUUAGCUCAAUCAAGCUAAUUUAAAAUAAGUAUGCAAAAUGACAAAAGAGAUUCGAGUAACCAAACGCGUCAUUAGCGCUUGAAGAUGAGCUCUUGCGGCGCCCUGGCAGGGACGACAUGAGUUUUCUGUCCGGCCGGAUGGUGAAUGGCAGCAAGCAACAAUAACUGCGGGUUUUUCUGUUGUGUCCUGCAGGCACAAGAAUCACUAGGCUUGCAAUGUGAAGCUAGAGGAAGUUGCACAGUGGAAUGAAUCAGUACCAUCCAAUAGUGGUAAAUUUUCGUAUUUUGACCCUUUUCUGAAACCUAUUCGAGAUUUGAUCCUAGUUUGAAUUUUUUUCGAGAUUUGACCUUUUUGCUAUCGUCAGAGUCCAUGGCGGUAGGGUCUAACAGCCUACUGCCAGGGACUUUGGCGGUAGGAAACAUCGCUACCGCCAACCGGGCUGACGGUAGUCUGCACAACCCUACCGCCAAGGUGCUUGGCGGUAGGCACGAGCACACAUUGUGUUCAAUACUUAGGAGUUUUUUGGCGGUAGGGCAUGCAAUCCUAUCGCCAGGGACCUUGGCGGUAGGUUGUUAUACCCUACCGCCAUGGUCCCUGGCGAUAGCAAAAGGGUCAGAUUUCAAUUUUUUUUUCAAACUAGGGUCAAAUUUUGAAUAGGUUUUAGAAAAGGGUCAAAACACGAAAUUUAGCCUCCAAUAGUUCACUCAACUUAUGCAGGCAUAUAUACUGUCCCACUUGCACCGCGCAACCACCUACAUUACCAUACCAUAUUAUAUCUUCGGUCGGUCGAUCGCCACGUCCAAUACCGAUCAAACUCCACUGUAUCACUGUCGAUCUUCGCCGUGCUCCCAGCCGCCGACUGUUCCCUCCCAAUGGACGCGCAGCAGCGGAGCACCGCGGCCAAUCAAGAGACAUCAUCGACGCUGGCGCCGACAGCCGCCGCCACCGACGAGGAGCACGAGCAUCCCACGCUGCACAUGCACAACGCGGCCGAGGUCAUCCCGGCGCUGCCGCUCGAAACGCGGUGGCCGCCGUUCGCGCUCCGCCGGUACCGCGGCUACUGGCUGGCCGAGCGGUUCCUGCCGGGGCUCGCCGCCUUCAACGACCACUUCGAGCCGGCCCCCGGCGCCACGGACGUGCUCCUGGCCACCUGCCCCAAGUCCGGCACCACGUGGCUCAAGGCCCUCGCCUUCGCCACCGCGCACCGCGCCGCGCACCCGCCGUCGUCGCCAGGCCACCCGCUCCUCUGCCGCAGCCCGCACGGGCUCGUCAUGUUCCUGGACGACAUAUUCGGCCGCCCCGUCGAAGACGCGCGGCGCGUCCUCGCCGCCUACCCGUCUCCGCCGCGCCUCUUCGGCACCCACUGGGCCUACUCUCAACUGCCGGAGCGCGUCACCGCUGGAUGCCGCAUCGUGUACCUCUGCCGGGACCCCAAGGACGUGAUGGUGUCCUGGUACUGGUUCCUCAAGAAGUUUCUCCCCCACGACGCCGGCGACCUCGACUUCAUGGAGCUCUUCGAGGUGUUCUGUGAGGGACGCAGUGGGUACGGACCGGCUUGGCGGCACGCCGCCGAGUACUGGGAGGCGAGCGAGGGACACCCGGACAAGGUGCUCUUCCUCAGGUACGAGGAGAUGCUGCGCGACCCUGCUGAGAAUGUCGGAAAGCUCGCGCAGUUCCUCGGGUGCCCGUUCACAUCGGCGGAGGAGGACGCCGGCGUGGUAGAAUCCGUGGUGGAGCUGUGCAGCCUGGAGAAGCUGAGUAGCCUGGAGGUGAACAGGAGCGGCGCGCCGGCGCUGGCCGUGCCCAACGACGCCUUCUUCAGGAAGGGGGUGGCCGGCGACUGGCGCAACCAGAUGACGCCGGAGAUGGCGGCGAGGCUGGACGCCAUCGUCGAGGACGCCCUGCAUGGCACAGGGUUUUCAUUCGUCCACUCCGGGCACGCGGUGGAGCACCACGGGACCGGCGCCGGAGCACCAUAGAUCGUUCGACGGCCCAAGAAAAAAAAAGAAUAACAUGAUGCGAUCAAUGCAGGUCGGGUUUCCAUGUGGACUGAAUCAAGCAAGACUGCAGUGUUCCGUUUUCUGCAGUUUCUGUAAUGUAAUGUGUGAAUUACUAGUAGAGUACAUUGGUAAGAACAAGUAUUACAUCAACACCUUCCAGAGGGGGAAUGAAUGCAGCUAAUUAAGCUAAACCGUGCUCAUUUGUUAAAUUUUCAAAACCUUCAU